AUGAAUAAAGCAUUGCGAGAAAAGGUUUAUGAUCCAUGUAACCAAGUGAAAAGUGCUAUUGAAAAGAAAGUGAUGCCAGAAGCGGCAAUCUUGGACGAUUCUGCAAAAACAAAAAUCAAAACUAUCUUACAAUGUUACCCAGAUACCUACAAUUUCAAGAAGGAUUCCAUUUUUUAUGACGUAAACGUGAACCCAGAAUGUCACUACAAAGCUUUCAUGAAGAUAUCCGAGCUAUUUGUUUCAGAGAAGUUACGUCAAUUUUCCUGCUUUCCUUUACGAACCACAUUUAUCCCUUGCUAUAUGACCUUAGAUUCAAAUAUUAUCGACCACCCUAUUUUAAAGAACAAGACAGCAUUCAAAAUGGACAACAGAUCUCAAAUUUGGGGGAGAGAUAGUGAAUCUAAACAACAAGGCUUUCAAAUUUGUUCUAUGACCAAGAUGACCUGGCUUUGGUGA